UCCGGAGCGGGGAGUGGGGCCUCGGGAUGGUGCAGGAACGGAGCGGCCCAGAGCGGGUGGCAUCGGAUCAACACCACCACAUGGGAGCCCCACAGCGGGAUAUUCGAGGCGCUGAGAGUGAGAAGAGGGACUAGCGGCAAGCGGCAAGCCACUGCAAUCGAUCCCACCAGUUCCCCAAUUUACCCACCAAUCCUCCCGCGGCAGUUAUAUAUAGUGAGAUGCAAACCUACGGCGAGAACGGGGUUUCCGGGGACGCUGCAGCGGAUUGGUCCGCGUGGGCCUCCGUGCCGUGGACCGCCGUGUUCGCUCCGUCGACGGGCGCGGGCGCGGGCGCGGGCAGCGGCAACAGCAAAGUCAACGUCAACGGCAACGUCAGCGGCAACGUCAACGGUAAAGUCGACGGCGCCGACGUGCCGAUCAUCGGCUGGCUCAAAUCCGGUGUCCCAUACCUCCCUCCCGAAAAGGCCGCCUCCCUGCAGACCCUCGACGUCUGGAUCCCGAACCUGCAGCCGACCGCCACCGACCCCACCGCCCCGGACCCGUCGUCCCUCCCCCUCGACCCCCGCGGCGACAGCAGCGGCAGCAGCAGCAGCAGCAGCACGUGGAUCAUCUACAUCCACGGCGGCGCCUGGCGCGACCCGCGCAUCUCCUCCGCCUCCUUCGCCCCGGCCGCCACCGACCUCCUCCUCCGCGCGGCCCGGACGCGGGCCUCGAGCGGAACGCCCAAGCUGGCCGGCGUCGUCUCCCUCAACUACCGCCUCUCGCCGCACCCGUCUUACCCGCCGUCGUCGUCGCCGCCAUCCGGCCCGAACAACCCCUCCCGCCAGGCCCGACACCCCGACCACAUCGCCGACGUCCUCGCCGCCCUCGCCUUCCUCCGCCGCCGCCUCCUGCUGCUGCCCGACGACCACGGCGACGAUGACGACGACCGUGACGGCCACGGCGGCGAGAAUGCGAGCGCCGGAGCCUCCGGGAGGAGGAGGAGCAGGAGGAGCGACGCUCGCCCGCGGAGGCAGCGCUGGAUCCUCGCGGGCCAUUCGUGCGGCGCCACCCUCGCCUUCCAGUCCGUCAUGGACCCCUCCCGGUGGGGUCUCCCGGGUGCCUCAGCGGGAGCGGGAGCGGGAACGGAGAAGGACGACGGGAUCCUCCCGCCGGCCGCCAUCGUCGGCUUCAACGGGCUCUACGACCUCGCCGGCUUCAUCGCCUCGCCCCCGGCCGGGUACGCCCACCUGCGGGAGGCAUACCGGGAGUUCGUCACGGCCGCGUUCGGGCCGGACCGCCCCGUCGACGGCGGCGGCAAGGAAGGAGGAGGAGGAGGAGGAGGAGGAGGAGGAGGAGGGAAAGGGACCGUCUGGACGGCCGUCUGUCCCGCUACGGCGGAGGGAUCCUGGGUGGCAGAGUGGCUCGGCGGCGGCGGCGACGAUCAGCAUGACGCGGACGGCGAGAGGAAAGGGAGGGCGAAUAACGGUGAGGAGGAGGAGGAGGAGGAGAGAAAGGGCGUGGUUGUGCUGGUGCAGAGCCGGGAGGACACGCUCGUGCCCUGGCAGCAGCUCGAGGCCAUGCGGGAACGGUUGGAGCGGGAGCGCCGGCGGGUCGAAGUCAGGGUCCUGGAGGGCGGUGGCGACCACGACGAUGUCUGGCGGGAGGGGGACAGGAUGGCUGAGGUCUUGUGGGAGCUUGCCGAGGAGUUGUGAUUGAAGAGGAAGAGGACGGUCUGCUCUGGCAUUUAUUUAGAGGCGAGCAAGAGAGAGAGAGAGAGAGAGAGAGAGAGAGAGA